GCCGUUUCGCUGCAUUUCCAACUUUAAAAAAGCCAGCAAGGCUGGUUUAGUCUGACUUCAACACUCCAUCCAACCAACAUCCCAGCUUCAUCUUUCUGUCAUCACCAAAGAACCAAAGAAGAUGGAGCAUGACGCCGAACAAGGAGCAUCAGCAGUCGGCCCUUCAAAUCCGUCAGGUGUAGACUCUAUUGCCGAUAACCCCGCCCCAGAAGGACCAGCUACUUUGCAGCAACCAUUGGAGACUGACAACAUCGAAGAGAACCCUGAUAUCAGCAACGAGGAACGAUGGUCGCUGAUUUGGACGUUACUGAUCAUCUACUCGGCGUAUAAUGCCAUUGUGGGGUUCUUUGUGUCGCUUGGGGGAUUUCUCGCCAAUAUGAUCUUCUACAUUGUUGUUGUUGGACCCACUUCCAGUUGUUCCCAAGCCGACAAACUAUUCAUCUUGUCCACUGUGAUUUUUGGGAUUAACUUGUGCGACAUGACACUGGGGUGUUGCACGGUGGGAUACAGUUGGUUCCUGAAAAGGUCUCCUGCUGCUGGUCCACAACAACAACAUGGAAACAUCUUGCCUCACAUCCGCAACAGCAUCAUCAUUUGCACAGUGCAACUGUUUCUUUCCUUGGGCGGCAUUGUGAUUGCCAUUGUCGGGUUGGUGCAAAAUGCCAGUGCAUGCGCUGGAUCGGGUGCUGGAAUGGCAUUUAACAUUUUGCUGUUUUUGGACUCGGGAUGGGAACUUUUCAUCUGGAUUGGAGCCUACGUAGUAUUGCGUAAAGGGCAUGCAAAUGCACCCAUCCCGGAUAUCGUGGACCAAAUCGUACCAGAUUCCGUGUGGGAAAUUGCCAAACGAAUACAGUUGUGAAAAAGCAAAAAAGUCACAUUACUAUCAACAGCGGUGGAAUGGAAUCUGGAGCCAUACCGGUCAGUACUAUCCUUUGGCACCGCAUCAAACUCUUGAGUGCACCAAAAAACUGGUCCAAAAUCUGGAGAGGGCUGAUACA